UGAUCGAUCCAUCAUCUUCCAUUGAUUAUCUAACCAUCAAAAUAUAAAUGAUAACCAUUUUCGCAUGGAAAUACAAUCGUAAUUGUCAUUACAAUUUACUAAUGAAUCACGCAAUCGUUAAUACAAUUUAUUAUUAUUACGAAUCGAUUGUUGAAAUAAAAAGUUGAAUCUCUAUGGUUAUUAUUAUUUACUUUUUUCCAUUCGAUCGCAAGUUGAACGGUUCAUUUUCUGAGUUCGUUAGUUUAAUUUUCGAGUGAAAGAAAGACUCUCUUUCACUGCAGAAUCAAAUUAGUGAUGAUUAAUCAAUGAUGAUCAUCAUUGGAAGAUAAUUGAUCGUUAUUCCAGAACAAUGUAAUGUACGGUUUGGGUUUGAUUUGAAAAGGUAAAAUUGGAAAAAGUGAUCAAAUUAAUUGUUUGGCCAUGGAAGAGUUUACAUUGAAUUCUGGUUGUUAUUAUUAUUACGUUGGUGUGACGAUACGAUUGUUAAUUGUUGCCUUUUUUGCUGGUCUAAUGGAGAGUCGAUUGUUUUUGGCUGUUGAAAGUUCACCCGUGAAUAAUGAAGAUCAGGUUGAAAUGAUGGGUUCGGGUUGCUCUGAAUACGGGACAUGGAACGGGUGUAAAAAUCCAUUCGAGGCCAAAUGUGAUCCAACGGAAGGUAAAUGUCUCUGUAAAGAGCCUUACAGUUUAUAUGAGACUGGUUAUUGUUUACGUCGUAUCUUAGCAAUUAAUGGACCUUGUUGGAUUGAUUCACAGUGUUUAAUGACGGGUACUCGAUGUUUCUCAAAAGAGGGUAAAGGUGAUUCCCUUUAUAUGAUAACUGAAUCACUUUGGGACGAUUAUAUCAAUUCAAAUGCAAGUGAACUAUUGAUUCCGGGUCUUUGUCAGUGUAACAUUGGCUACGUUUUUGAUCUGGUUGAAGGUAAAUGUAUUCCAAGGUUAAUUGAUACACCCUGUUUAUCCAGUUACGAUUGUCUUCGGCGAAGUUCAUUCAGUCGAUGUGUCGUAAAUAAAUGUACAUGUUCAACGAGACACUUGUACAAUUCUCGAAGCGAUAAGUGUAUCUUUUAUGGAGAAGCACUUUGGCCGAGACGAGGUUGUUUCGAUGGGUCUUGUCGAGGUGGAAUCGGUACAAAUAAUGGUGGUAAUGGUUCACCUGAUGGUUCCAUUGCCAAUGGUGAGCAAUAUUUUUACAAUCAUUCGAUGGCCAAUAUAUUUGGCUUUUCCCUUUCGAUGACCGUUCUCAUGAUGGUUUGGAUUGUUGUUCGUAAUUGUGCUCGAUCGAGACUCUCUGAUCGGGUUAUCCGUUUAGAUGAGCUUCGUUACAGUGACCUAAGAGUGGCAUAUGAUCCGUUUGAGAUUAAUCGACCUUCAUCUUCUGGAUUGGUUGAUGUUGACUCUCGAAGUAUCCGAUCAAUGAGAAGGGAAACUCUUCCCACUUAUGAAGAUAUUCAACCUCCAAGUUAUGAAGAAGCAGUGGUCAAGUUGAAUUCGUCUUUGUCCACCUCGUCCAUUACACCUCCUAAUCAACCAGAAGAACCAGUGGUAAUCACUAAAUAAGAUUCGGUUAAUUGCUUAAUUGUUUGUCGAGUUUAUCGUUUUUCUUUCUCGUCCAAUUGUAUUUUUUAUCUUUUAAGUGUCCAAUUUUUGUAAAGCAAAAUUAUA